AUGAAUUUCGGUUUCUCCGUCGAUGAUUUGACCGAUUCGUUCUGGCAACCACCGGCGGCUCCGGGCGAUGGGAUUACCAGAAGUCAAUCGGAGUGGGCCUUCAAAAGACUUCUCGAAGAGAUGUCCACUUCCUCAGAGAGUCCUCCCAUCUCCUCGUCUUCCGCCACUGAUAACGCAAUCAGCCAGUCAACUUCACAGCUUCAAUCUGAGCCGUCCGUUUCCAAACAAGGAGAAGCUGCAUCUGACGGCGCUGAUGUCGUCGAGAUACAGAAGCCAAAAAUCCGUGCACCGUCGUCUGACUCUUCAGCUGAGAUGGAUCCAAACCAUUACCAAGCGAUCCUCAAGAGCAAGCUCGAACUCGCCUGCGCUGCCGUUGCCCUUCGCGUGGCAAGUGGGAAACCGGAAGAUUCGAGUGCCUCAUCUGGUAAUCAAAAGCAGCCUGCUCCGACUGGAUCUCAAACUCAAGGUCCUGCUGCGACACAAACGUCACCUUGUGUUUCAUCCGUUAGCGCUGCUACUUCAUUAGGCACACAGAACAAACCAGAUACUCAAGUCAGGCGAGCUACCAGUGGCUCAUCAAGAGAUGAUUCUGAUGACGAAGAUCUUGAUGGAGACGCAGAGAAUGCAGAUCCUGCUCACAUAAAGCGUGCCAAGAGGAAGAUUUCAAACCGAGAAUCCGCUAGGCGCUCUAGAAAACGAAAGGCAGAACAAAUGAAUGAGCUUGAUACACAGGUGAAGAUGGCAGAGGAAACUGUGAAAAGAGUGACAGGAAGGAAUCCUUUACUUGUGGCAAGACCAAACAGCAUACCAUUCAAUAGCGCACCAAUAAGCAAUAUUGGAUUGAAGAACUCCACCAAUGUGCCUCUUCCACCGCAGAAUGUUGCUUUCUCCAGUCACUUGCCCGCACAGGUGAACCACCCAUUUGUUCCAGCUAGUUGCAAUGGUUAUGAAACGCUGCCGCAUUGGAAUCACGCAGCGGGAAAGAAUAAGCCACAAGAAUGA